CGGAUUAAUACACGCGAUACAAGUGCUGUUGGUGUUAUAAAGACUUGAAAAAGAAUGAUGAGUUGAAGUUAUUUGGUGAAGGUGGGGCAGAGUCAGGUGACAAUAGCGUUCACACGGCAGUGCCUGCGCGUCGCAAGGACCGGCUCACGUCUCUCUGCUGUUCGGGCUCAUUUAAUCCCGUUUAAAUAAUCUGAGGGGGUUCGUUAAUGUGUGGAUUUAUAGAGGAAGUUGAUUUAAAGCAAAGACUGAGUUGGAGGAAGCGCCUCACUGCGUGUGUGUGCGUGUAUGUAUGUAUGUGCGUGUGUGUGUGUGGGAGGGGCGACACCGGGCAGCGACACCAGCCGCACCGCAGUCCGUCAUCCAGGCAGUUGGUGCUGAAGCAGAGCGGAGCUGCAUCAACCUCCUCCUCCUCCUGCUUCUCCCCCGCGGUCGUGGGGAUUAUCAUUUCACCUGGAUGCCACUGUCCUCCAGGAGCCGCCCUGCUGUGGCUGAUGGAAACAGACAUUCGUCAAAAAUGUGCGCGAAUGUGUUCGGAGUUUUGAAAAGCCUGUUUGGGAAGCCCUUUGAUGGCGGGAAAAGGAUGGAUCAUGGUGGCCCGCAGCAGCAGCAGCAGCAACAUCCCAUGGAGCAGCAGCAGCAGCCGUAUAAUCCACAGCACCCCGCCAUGAUGCGCCUCUACGAGGUGCAGAGGGAGGUGGCGUCUCUGGGGCCUCAGGUGUGCACCUUCAGCGGCCUGCAGAACGACCGCGACUACAAGCGCCUGGAGCGGGAGCUGACGCGGCUGCUGCUGGAGGUGGACCAGGUGGACACGGAGGGCAAACCGGAGCUGCAGGGAGCUCGGAAGAGGGCAGCGCAGGAGGUGGAAGGGCUCCUCCGGUACCUGGAGGAGAACGCCACACAUCCGUCCCGCCUGGUCAUUGAAGAGCUGAGCGUUGAGGCGCGCCGCCUGGUGGACGAACUCAUAGUGGCGCCUCAACGCUCUGGCGGUGUAGCUGAAAUCAACGACGAGCUGGUGGACGCACUGCAGGUGCUCGUGCUGAGGCUCACCCAGGUGAAGACUGAGGGGAGGGUGCCGCUCCGCAAAGCACGUUACCGGGCGCUGACGCGGCUGUGUGCGGUGCAGGACGUGAUCGAGGGGCGCACGCAGCAGCAGACCCUCUCCCUGCCGCUGUCCGGGGAAACCCACGAGGCCGUGAACCGCAUCAACCAGGUGAUGGUGAAGGUGAGCGUGGCCCGCGGUCAGCUGGUGGCGCUGCUGAUGGGCCUGAGCGGGAGGGACAGCUGUGCUCACCUGUCACGCAUCCUGACGGAGAUGCAGGUGGAGCUGGACGCUCUGGAUGUUUCCGGAAAUGGAGCCAUCAGAAAUUACAGGAAACAGGUUGUGGAGGAGAUAAACGGGCUGUUGAAGCACCUGGACCUGGAGGGAGAAGGAGACGACACGCGCAGAUAUGACUUGGCGCAGAACAACUCCAUCCGUGAGAUCGAGUCCGUGCGAGCUCACGUCUCCCACCUGCGAGAGGGCAUCCUGCGACACUGCGCCAUGGGCGACCUCAGCUUCAGACCCAAAGCCGAGCUGCAGAGCCUCCUCACGCACCUGGACCAGGUGGACACGGCCAAGAACCCGUGCAUCCGAGAGGCCCGGCGCCGCGCCGUGGUGGAGGUCCAAGCCGCCAUCACCUUCCUGGACCUCCGCGAGGCCCUGGCCCGCCGCCAGCCGGGCCCCAGCGAGCACCCGUCCCACCGGGCCGUGUGGCAGGUCCUGGGGAGCCUCUCGGACCUGCAGGCUCAGGUGCUGGGCUUCGACGGCAAGCGCGUGGACAAGAGCUACAUGAUCCUGGAGGAGCUGCUGACCAAACAGCUGCUGAAGCUGGACGCCGUGGACCCGCAGGGCGACGAGAGCACCAAGGUGGCGCGCAAGCAGGCGGUGAAGUUCGCCCAGAACAUUCUCAACUACCUGGACAUGAAGACGGACGAGUGGGAGUAUUGACGAGUGGGACGUGGCUGCAGGAACGAACGAGGAGCUGAUAAUGUGUGUAAAUAAAGAAAAAAAACAAACUGCUACGUUAUCAUUCCAUGGGCUGUAAAUACGGACUCAAACCCCCAGAAUGCACUGCAGCAGCGCUUUUCUGUCAUCUUUAGUGAUAGUCGUGGCCGACCCUGCCGAGAAGUCAACACAGAACUCCUUUUGUGAGACUCUAUUUUUGUGAGCGUUUGGAGGAUUUUCAUCUUAAACGUCCGUGUGUGCGUGUGUAUGUGUAUCGUCUUCGUCGUGUUUGUGUGUGUGUGUGCGUGUGUGUGCGCGUGUGUGCGCGUGUGCACUUGUUGAACCUGCUGCCAGAGCACCAAACAAUCCCUGCUGGUCAUUUCCUCCUGACUGCGCUCAUUAUUGAUCGAUUGCUUGAGCCUGAUUGAUUGCUUCACAGUGGCUUUUCCAUCUUUCCUGGUUAAUUUGAGUGUCAGUUGCUAACGGAGACGGUCGUUGUGAGUUUGAACAGUGACCUCAUCGGUGAGAGAAGUCUGUCCACUUUGACCGUGACAACAGAGCUUUGUCCAGAUUGUAAUAUCUACUCAAAAAUACGAGACAUUAAAGUGACACAGUCAAUGCUGAGUGCACCCAGAUCGAGCUAAAGAAAACAUUCACUGGUUUAAUCUCGCUGUUUUCUAACAGACGUUUGUAAAGCACUCACUCGCCCACACCAAAGUCCAUAGAGAAAAUCAGUGAUUUUACAUCAUCUAACACAGGAGCUGUUGAUCCACUGCUGCCACUGCUGCCUACGUUCAAAUGGUCAUAAUCUCACCUAUAAUCACAGCUGUCGUGGUCAAAAUUGUCAUAGUCUCACCUGACACUAAGGCUGUUGUGGUCAAAAUGGUCAUAAUCUCACCUAGAAUCACAGCUGUCGUGGUCAAAAUAGUCAUAAUCUCACCUGACACUAACGCUGUUGUGGUCAAAAUGGUCAUAAUCUCACCAGAAACCACAGCUCUGGUGGUGAGAUGGUCAUAAUCCCACCUGAGCCCACAGCUGUUGUGGUCAAGUGUCUUCACAGAAGCACUGGUGAAGUUGGCCGAGGUGAGCUCUUGUGUUUGUGUUGGCUGCUCGUGGAGCCGUCAGUCUGUCGUAUGUUUCCAGACGUUGUUGUUGUUGUGACUCCGUGUGAUUGCGUUUGUCUAUAAAUGGAUCACAGACUGAGGAGGAGAAGUUUUUUUUCUUUUGUUGUGCUGCUGCUGCUGCUGCUGCUUCAGGUUUUCGUUUCUUCCCGCUGCUUUGUACUGACACGAGUGGAAGAGUGAGUCUGAGUCUCUGAUAUUCACUGACUGACACAUGAAGGCUGAAGCUCCCGGGGCUGACAGUCGGGGUCCUGUGUGGUAGCGAGCGCUGAUGGUGAUGGCAGUCGACAGAGCUUUCUAGAAACCUGGCAGAGCUGCUGCUGCUGCUGCUGCUGCUGCUGCUGCUGCUGCUGCUGUUGCUGGAGUCAGUGAGAGAAGAAUCCAAAUCUCUGUGCCUUUAUUUUCCCUUUGUGUAAAAGUAGUGACUGAACAAAGAGCGAGCAGCCACUCUUCUUUUUUUGUGUUUUUUUUGCACAAGAACGAGGAGACUCGAGCGCCGAAUGUGUUUUUAAAACAGAGCAGCACCUUGGCAGAUAUCGCCGCUAAUUAUUUGCACUACUCGUCACAAAGUCCACCCUUUUUUUCACGUCAGUAUUUUUAAAAAAAGAAAGAAACGGUGUCACUAUGGUAACUCACACAACAACAAUAGCAACACAGAAUAAUGAACUGCUUCCUGAUGACACCACAAAAUGGCGUACAACUGUAGCCACAGCCACUCGGGAAGACACGCCCAUGGACAGAUACGCCCAUGUGAUGCUAAUCGGGUCACAGAAGAGACUAAAAUAUCAGGGAUUAGGAUUAUUAUGUUGCGGUGGUGAGUGGGUGUGUCUUCCUGAGUGACAGCGGCCGCACAUUUGACCUUUGACUUAAAAUUGAUGCCGGACAUUUUCAAAUUAAAAGCGCACGAUUUGACGCUAAAGCAGCUAUGAUCUAGAACUCAUGUCUUUGACUAUUCAUUUAGUUCAUUAAAUGAUGUCCAAAAGUACUGUUACAGAUAAUUGAUUCAUUUUAGUUCAUUAAGACACGUUUUCUGUUGUUUCAGCUUCAUAAAGGUGAAUGUUUUGGUUCAUUUGUUCCAUAAAACAAAGAUAAUCAUUACAAUUAUGAAUUGUUUUGGUUAGUGGACAAAAACAAGACCAAAUGGACCAAACGAUAAUAGAAAAUAUUAUGAAAAUAAUGGUCAGACUCAGCCCUGCUGUUCUUAUUUUAUAAAUAAUCUUAUAAAUUAAACUUUCAAACCAAAAUAGCCGGGGAUUAAUUCACUCAUGUAUUAUUAACGGAUUAGUUGAUGAAUUGUUGCCGUGACACAUCACAGUUCAUUUUCUGGUCGUCGUCAUAGUUACUCAAGAAACACGUUUCCUCAAAGCUGGAAUAGCUCAAAUAUUUUAGAUCCCGAACAAAAACAAACACCUCACACACACACACACACACUUUAUCCACAAAAACCACCACUACACUGUUUAUUUACAGUCUGGACUGGACGUCGACCCGAUGUAUCAGUUACAUACAGUAUUUUCAAUAAAAAAGAUUAAAUACUCAAAACGGCCAAAACAUUAUUUUUAUCAAGAACAAAUCUGAGAGAAAAAUGUGCCCGGUCAAGAAAUAAUCGUUGGCCAACGCAGAUUAUUUUUGUGCUACGUUCCAUUUGUAGGCGGAAUUGGGAACGUCUCCAAAAUGGCUGCCAGUGUUCAAACACUGCGACGUUUACCGACUGUUAUCGUGUAACAGCUGACCCGAGAACGCGGAAACAAGACAAAUAUCGGCUUCAUUAACAUCGGUUUAACCUCUCGCCUGGACCAAUAUGGCGGCAGCAUUAGUGUGUGUGUGUGUGUGUGAGAGAAGCAGCUUCUGCCUCGUUGUUUUGUGCAAAUGACUCACGAUGAUAAAAUCAGAUUAAAAACUGAUCUGAUCAGAAACUGUAAUCUCCCUCAGACUAAACCAACGUGACACACCUUUCACUUCACACGCUCCUUUUUCUAUCCUGUAAAAUACACACACACACACAUAUACAGUAUAUAUGUGUAUAUGUAUGAUAUAUAAACAUAUAUUGACUGUGUCUCUGAACAUGAACACUUCCACCUGAAUUAUUCAUCACAAGUGUUUGAGACUGAAGAAAAAAAAAGGGUUUUUUUCUGUCUCUCGAAGCCUCUGCUGUUGUUUUUAUUUUAUUUUGAAAUUUAAGUGGCUGCUCUUUAUCGUGGAAAUACAGAUUUACACUUCAGACACAAAAAGAUGAAGAGGACGCGAGGGGAAAGUCGGGGUUUUUACUAAAAACUGUGUGAGAACAUGGAGAAACUAGGUAUUAUUAUUAUCAUUAUUAUCAUUAUUCCUGAGAAACGUGUGUAUAUUAUGGCCGUCAAUAUGCUGCUUGAAAUUUUAUUUGACUUUACUCACCACAGACUCACUCGUUCUGCUUUUAAAUGAAAGAAAAACUCACACAUUUGAAAGAAAACAAAAACUAAAUCCAGACUAGAAAACACAAUCAUUCAGUAUUUUAUUCAAACUAAAAACAAAUGUCUUUAUUUUUUGAAGCUCUCGUCAAACCAGAUUUUUUCUUUAGCAUUUUUUAUUUUUGUUGCGUUGAUAUUUGUGCGUUUACAGAAGGCAGCAAAACACCUUUAAACUCUUUAAUCUGCAGAUUAUCAAUGAAGAAAAAGUCAGCGUCAUAAUUCAUCUCUCAAAUGAGUAAAAUAUAAAUCUGUGUGAAAAUAUACAGUUUGGUUGGUUUUUAAAGAAGUUUUUCUGUCUAAACAUGUUUAGUUUUUCUCCUGCAGAUUAAGUCAAACAGUAUUUCAGGCUGCUGUGAAAUUAGGAUUAAUGUUUUAGCAACAAAGACAGGAUUUUUAUUUUGAAAAUAACACUUUUAAUCCCACUAGUAUCAGUACGUGUAAUCUGAUUAGUUUAUAACAGUGAGAAGACGCGUGUGCGUGUUUUAUUUUAGAUCAUUUUUAACAUAUUGUAAUAAUUAUAACAUUACGAAAACUAGAAAACACUCCAAUUGAUUUGAUUUGUUUUUAAACGGAAUAAUCUGAGGAUUAUGGAGAAAUCUACAAAACAUGUUGAAAGAAUUGUUUAGAAAAUGUUACAUUUCUUUUGUUGUUGUUUUUUAAAAAAAGGUUUUCUAAUCUUAAUACAGUGAGAUUAUAGAUUAUGAAGUUAAACAAGUGUUUGUGAUAUUUUUGUUUACAGUAGUAUCGCGUAUUUGUAAGGCGAGACCAAUGUUUUUGGCCACACCCCCUCUUAUUCUGGGCAUGGCUUAAAAGUCAAAUAUCAGCAGCUGGCUGCGGUGAUUGAACGCUAACCGCAACAUUUUAACUGCGUUUUAUUUACGAUACAAACAAAUCAUUCUCUCAUUAUUGACGAUACUGAGUUUAACGACUGCUCUUCAAUCACUGUUGGUUUUUUUAUUCAUUGAAAACUUUUUUUUUUUCCAUUUCCCUCACUUUUCCAAAAGUCGCCUUUUAACUGCAGCGAUUGUGACUACGAGCUUUUUGCCGUUGUUUCUCCUCCGAGACGCACUUGUAAAAAAAAGCACAGUGAGACAGAAAACAGACGUUUGUGUGUGAAUGUGUGACGUGAAUGAAUGGUUGUGUUUUCAAUUUGUAUUCCCACUGCAAAAUAAAGACAGUGUGUCGACA